AUGGUUUCUUUAGUCAGUGGAUCCUAUACUGUUCACCAGAAAGUUGUGAAAGCCAUGGAGAACUCAGAAGGUGGACCUUGGAGUUUAUCGCUGAAGAACCCUGAAUGGUUUUACUAUGCCUUGCAGUUAACCACCCUGGAACCUCAGGAUGAUCUCCACAUUGACAGUAUAACAUGGAAAAUGCUGAUAGGAGCAGCGUUGACUAAAAUGCAUGGCAUACUCGGAGAAUCAGCAAAUUUCGAUAUACUGCAAGUGUAUGAUGAGAGCUGUAUAAUAAGGACAUCCACAUCUGAGAGACAGAUAAUGGAAUCUUCGCUGGUUGCAUAUAGAGGGAAUCUGAAAAGUUUCCGAUUGCGAGACGUCAUGUUCACGAUACGAGUCGUUGAAAGAUCCCAGUAUCUGGUCGGCGUUGCUGGUCCAUCUCGGCGGGAUUGGCUCUCUAUCACCAAAGAAAUUGAAAUUUGA